AUGCAGAGCUGCUGCUUCACAUCAAAACUAGUUCACACUCCACUCCCACAAACUGGAGCACUGCAUCGUUUCACUUUAUGUGAAUUAUUAUGUGCUCACUGUGCUUCUCACAGUCCACAGCAUCAGUGCGCGCUUGAGGGGCGGGGCCUCUCCGGUGACCCCGUUAAAACCAACCGAGGCUUCUGUCUUCCAUCGUUUCAGAAAUUAGGGGGGGAGGCGAGUCUCCGUCGGAAGCCACAAUGUCGGACUGCAGGAGGCAGUGGAACCGGGAGGAUGAGCUGCCAGUUUACCUGGCGGGGCCGAUCCCCACCGGGCAGAACCUGAGGAAGACCUACGGGAUGUUCAGCUCCGUGGAGGGGGCGUUCGAGAGCAAGACCAUAGACUUCGAUCAAUACGCGGUGGGGAGGAGAGGUAGCCGCACCCCGAGGAGCGGGAGCCGCGAGAGGGUGCUGGACGCCGGUGACCCCGUCGGGAAGACGUCCAGCGAGGGCCGUGAGGGGUCGCCCACCGACUCGCACGGGGAGACAGACGAUGUUCGCCCCGGUGUUGUGGUCACACAAUCAUCGGCGAAGGAGAGCCCAGACGGGGAGAGCGGAAGGCUGUUGAUCAAAGGAGGACGGGUGGUCAAUGAUGACCAGUCUCUCUAUGCAGAUGUCUACAUCGAGGACGGGCUCAUCAAGCAGGUGGGGGAGAAUCUGUCUGUGCCGGGGGGCGUCAAGGUGAUCGAGGCCAACGGGCGCAUGGUGAUACCCGGGGGGGUAGAUGUCAACACCUGUCUCAUGAAGCCCCACCUGGGCGCACAGCCCGCCGACGGUUUCCUCCAGGGAACCAGGGCCGCGCUCGCCGGGGGCACCACCAUGAUCAUCGACCACGUGAGCCCCGAGCCCGGGCAGAGCCUGUUGGAGGCGUUUGAGUGCUGGCAGGAGGCUGCGGAUAAGAAGGCCUGUUGUGACUACUCGCUGCACGUGGACAUCCCCCAGUGGAACGAGACGGUCAAAGAUGAGUUGGAGCUGCUGGUGCAGGACAAAGGCAUCAACUCCUUCCAGGUGUACAUGGCUUACAAGGACGUGUACCAGCUGUCUGACUCGGAGCUGUACGAGGCUCUCUCCUUCCUGAAGCAACUGGGCGCCGUGGUGUUGGUUCACGCUGAAAAUGGAGACCUGGUCGCUCAGGAGCAGAGGAAGAUCCUCAGGAUGGGAAUCACCGGGCCUGAAGGCCAUCCGCUGAGUCGUCCCGAAGAGCUGGAGGCUGAGGCGGUGUUCCGCGCCAUCACUCUUGGCAACCGCGUGAACUGCCCCAUGUACAUCACCAAGGUGAUGAGCAAGAGUGCGGCGGACACCAUCGCACAGGCCCGUAGGAAAGGUUCCGUCGUUUUUGGCGAGGCAAUAACAGCCAGCCUGGUCACUGACGGCUCCCACUACUGGAGCAAGAACUGGGCCAAAGCGGCUGCUCAUGUGACCUCUCCACCUUUGAGCCCCGACCCCACAACCCCGGACCACCUCAACACGCUUCUGGCUUGCGGGGACCUGCAGGUGGUGGGCAGCGCUCACUGCGCCUACAGCCCCUCCCAGAAAGCGAUCGGCAGAGAGGACUUCACCCUGAUCCCGGAGGGAACCAACGGAGUGGAGGAGAGGAUGGGUUUCGUCUGGGACAGGGCCGUGGCCAUGGGGAAGAUGGACGAGAACCAGUUCGUGGCGGUCACGUCCACCAACGCCGCGAAGAUCUUCAACCUGUACCCGCGCAAGGGCCGGAUAGCGCCGGGCUCGGACGCCGACGUCGUCAUCUGGGACCCCGACAGCUCCAAAACGAUCACUGCCAAACUCCAGCAGUCGACUUCGGAGUACAACAUCUUUGAGGGUCUGGAGUGCCGGGGGGGUCCGGCGCUGGUGUUGAGUCAAGGUCGGGUGGUUUACGAGGAGGGCGAGCUGCAGGCCCAGCAGGGCGCCGGUCAAUUCAUCCCCCGCAAACACUUCCCCGACUACGCUUACCAGCGCGUCAAAUCCAGGAACCAGGCGCAGAGCAAGCAGGGCGUCACCCGCGGCUUGUACGACGGCCCUGUGUGCGAUGUCGUGCCCACCCCCAAAUACAUCACUCCUUCUCCGUCAGCCAGAACCUCACCCACCUCUCACCAGCCGCAGCCCAUACGCAAUCUUCACCAGUCCAGCUUCAGCCUAUCAGGAGCACAGAGUGACGACUACAUCCCUCGUCGCUCUGGCCACCGCGUCGUAGCGCCCCCUGGUGGCCGCUCCAACAUCACCAGCCUCGGUUGAACACGCCGCUGUGCACCAAGUGUGGUCCUCGUGGGGCUUUCGCCUCUCUCGUGUGUGUGUGUGUGUGUGUGUGUGAUAUUUUCUUUUUUUAUUCAAUCAGUUUUACCUUGAGAUGGAGAAGCACAAUAUACUACUACUUCCAAUGAACAAAGAGUAGGAUUUACAAUCAACCAAAAUAGGAAAACACUUGCACUUACUCACACACACACACACACACACACACACACACACACACACACACACACACACACACACACACAGAUCCGGUGUCGGACCCCCCAUCCCCUGCACCCAACCGUGAACCCAGUGCUGUGUCAUCGUGUCGUUUCACCUCCUUUCCCGUGAGCAUGACUCGUCCCCCCGUCUCCCACCGUGGGGGUCCGCUCAGACACGGUGCUCCUUUUCUGUGGGUCCCAACAUUGAGCAUCUGCAAUAUUAGCUUGGAUGUCGGCUCACGCGUUGCAUGGACACGUCGUUAGAUGUCGCACCACUCGUGGUUUUGAUUGUUCUUGAAUGUUUUGAGCUUUGAGCACACGGUGGCGGUUCACUGUGGACGGAGUCAGGUUCAUUCUUUUUUCACAUCACUGUGAACUCCGAUAAAAAAAUGGAUGCAGCUCCAACGUCAGACACUUUAUCUUUAUGCAAAAAGUGUGAAAGUAGACGAGACAGCUGAAAAACAGCUGUGCGCUCCGAUAUGCAUUUCCACCGAGUCACAAUGUGUGUGAUAGUCUCUUGCUUGAGAUAGAUCUUCCUUGUAACGACGUGAUCCACUCGCUGCUGUGGAAGGGCUUCUACAGCAGCGCCCCCCCCCCCCCCCCCCCCUUGCUCUUUAAAACUUCCCUGACAAUCUUCGUGAGCUGUUUUUUCCCCAUUUUAUUUCAUCCAUCCUGGAUGUUCCUCUUGGUACCUUUAAGUGUUUCUAUGAUGUUUUGUUGCUGUUGUCUGGUGUCUCCCAUGGAACCACUGAUAAGGAUCAAUAAAGACGUGGCUGUUGUCAAGGUGACCGUGAAACAAUCGCUCCCGAGAGUUUAAUUUUCUGACUUCACGCGAGUGACGUGAGGGUUUAGUGUUACGGGGUUUGUUUCCUGAGCUGUAGCUACAAUCUGGUACAGUGCAUUCAAUGGUGACAUUUAUGUUGUAACUGUACAUGGUCCCUUUUAAAUAAAGAUAGAAUAAACAUUC